AUGACCAUGGGGGAUAAAUCAUUAUAUGCUAAAUUGAUAGUGGAUGUGGUGAUUGGUCCUAUACUGGAAAAGUUGGAGAAAAAGGAUAUAUCUGCUGCCAAUACAUUGAAAUCUGCUUUUGCAAAGGCUGAGGGAUCAUUACCUGGUUUAACAUUUGAUUUUUUACGUGAAUUAUUAAGAAAAGGUGAUAUAAGUGAUAAAAUUGAUGUUUGUGAAACUUUAUUAAGACUGGGUGGUCAAUUAGAUACUGAUGACUUCCGCAUUCCUCGUCAAGAAUCCAGAUUUCAGGAAUUAAAUUCAUGUUCUAAUGAAUUAAAACAUGUAUUAAGUAAAAUACCAGAUCAGAUUUAUGAUAGAAAACAGUUUCUAGAAACUAUCAAAGAAAUAGCUAAUUCUAUAAAGAAACUACUGGAUGCUGUUAAUAAAGUUAUUGCUGAAGUCCCCAAUUCAGAUAAUGGCAGCAAACAGAUUCUGGAAGAAAGAAAAAGAGAAUUUGUGAGAUAUUCUAAAAAGUUUAGCAAUACUUUAAAAGAAUAUUUUAGAGACACAAAUCAGAAUCAGAAUGUAUUUAUGAGUGCCAACUACUUGGUGUUUCAAACUAAUGUUAUAUUAAAAGCUGUAAAACAGGAGUGUUGUUAG